AUGAGCAAGUUGAACAGCGAGCUGCUGUCGCAGGCCGUGGACGACAUCCUGGCCUUCUCGGCCGGCGAGACCGUGACGAUCAACGGCACGGAGCUGAAGGGCAAGAAGCGCAACUUCAACGAGACCAUCGAGCUGCAGAUCGCGCUCAAGAACUACGACCCGCAAAAGGACAAGCGUUUCAGCGGCACGUUCAAGCUGCCCACCGUGCCCCGCCCCAACAUGAAGAUCUGCGUGCUCGGUAACGCCGUCCACUGCGAGAUGGCCGAGAAGGAGGGCUUCGAGUACAUGACGGUGGACGACCUCAAGAAGUUCAACAAGAACAAGAAGGCCGGCAAGUUCCCGACGCUGGUCACGGGCAACGACUCGCUCACGGAGAAGGCCGAGCAGGUGCGCGCCACCAUCAAGUUCCAGAUGAAGAAGGUCAUGUGCCUCAACGUCGCCAUUGGCCACGUCGGCCUCGAGAAGAGCCAGAUCGUGGUCAACACGCAGCUGGCCGCCAACUUCCUGGCCUCGCUGCUGAAGAAGAACUGGCAGAACAUCAAGGUGCUGUACCUCAAGUCCACCAUGGGCCCCCCGGUGCAGAUCUUCUUCUAA